AUUUUUUAUUUUAUCAGGUGAACAGAUGAACCACAGGUGAAAUGAUUAUUUGAAGAACAUCAAAAGUUUACUUGGAUAUUAGAAGUCGUAUUCUGAACGCAUUUCAUUCAAGAUGUGAACGAUGAUUAACAAUGUCUUCACGUGACUCAGACACAAAAAAUCUGCUUGAAAAAGCAGAACAGGAAGGAGAUGUUGCCAUGACAACAGAAAAGGUCAAGGUUGCUGCUCAAGAUCAGUCAAGUGCAGGCCUUGACCCCUGUGAUGUAGAAUUAGAGAAAUGUAAAGAUGACGUAGAAAUUGAAGACGCUAAACUAGCAAUGACUGAUGAUGUAGAUGUAACCAUGGAAACUGAAGAAGAAUCAACCAAUGAGAAGACAGGAUUAAUAAGCAGUGAUAGUAGUAGUAGUGAUUCGGAGGAUGAGGGCAAAGGUCAAGGUCCAGUACAAACUGAAAGUGAUAUAGAUUUCAGAAUAGACAAUUUAACAAAAAGUUUGCAACAAUUGGAUGUCGGCGGUUCUCUGUCUCCGGGCUACCCUGUACACCGGAAAAAAUUCAAACGUUAUAAAAACUCAUUGAAAGGUGCCAUACCAAUCCGGUUUGAGAAAAGGGCAAAAGAUGAGUUUCCUAUGGAAAAGGCGGGAUGUUUGUCCUUGAUGACCUUCAGUUGGCAGACGUCAAUGAUGUGGAACAUAUAUCGGAAAGGAAUUGACACCAUUAAAGAUAUGAGUAUAGGAGACAGUGAUAAAACCAAACCUAAUGCUGACAGAUUGGAGAGGCUAUGGAAGGAGGAGGUUGCCAAGAAAGGUACAGAGAAAGCGUCUUUCUUCAUGACCGUACUCCGAUUUGCAAGGACACGAGAAAUAUUAACGUUCAUAGCUUUAGUCAUUUCCUGUGCACUGUCAUUCUCUACACCUGCUUUUGUUCUACACAGAUUAUUACUCUACCUAAACUCCGGUGAUAUUAACCUCGGUUUUGGCCUAGGACUGGUGGCCGCAAUUAGUGUGACAGAGUUAGGCAGAUCUCUAUUUUUUGGCCUAACUUGGCAAAUUAACUAUAGAGCAGGUGUAAGAGUAAAAGCUGGUGCACAAGGUCUGCUAUUUAGGAAGAUUUUAAGGCUGAGAAAUCUAGGAGACAAGACUGUAGGAGAGAUUGUGAAUCUCGUAGCCAAUGAUAGUCAGCGUAUAUUUGAUGCUGUAGUUAUUGGCCUUCUUCUGUUGCCAUGCCCGGUGAUCUUGUUAAUGGGCCUCGUUUACAUGCUCGUUCUCAUUGGUCCUUGGUCCCUGAUUGCCAUAGGGAUAUUUGGAAUAAUGUAUCCAAUCAUGUAUUUUGUUUCUAAGCUGACCACAUAUUACAGAAGAAAGUGUAUAGUUAUAACAGAUAAAAGGGUACGGAUGAUGAACGAGCUGUUAACAUGUAUAAAGUUGAUCAAAAUGUAUGCCUGGGAACAAUCAUUUGCAAAAACUAUUUCAGUGAUACGAGCAGAGGAAAGGGCAAUUCUAGAAAAGGGGGCAUAUGUACAAAGUAUCAGUACUGCAGCGGCUCCCCUGGUGCCAGUUAUGGCUGCAGUGUUCACUUUCCUUCCAUAUGUUCUGACAGGAAAUGAACUUACUUCAGUGAAGGCAUUUACUAUUAUAGCAGUGCUGAAUUCUAUGAGAUUUACUGUAGGGGUCGUACCCUUUGCAGUCAAAGCACUGGCGGAUGCUGCUGUGUCCUUUAAAAGAUACAAGAACAUUAUGUUAAUGGAUGAGAUCAAACCCCACCCAUGGCAAGUGUUUAAUGAUAAAUAUGCCCUUGUGUUUAACCAUACAACAUUUAGAUGGGAAAAGGAAUCCACAGGUGAUAAAGGUGGACAGAAGAAUGGCAAAAAGAAAGAAAAUGUUUCAAAGACAAAGGCAAGUAAUGGUAUGACAGUUCAAGAAGAACUACAGAAAUUGAAGGAAUCAGAGCAUGUCAAUGGUGAUGUACCCUUUGUUGAUACACCAACCCUACAGGACCUUACCUUUGUUGCUGAAAAGGGUAAACUUAUAGGUAUAUGUGGUAGUGUGGGAUGUGGAAAAUCAUCCUUGCUGUCUGCAGUGCUAGGAAGGAUGAUUCAUGUGUCAGGAAAGGUUGCUGUACAAGGUACACUUGCCUAUGUCACCCAGCAGGCCUGGGUUAUGAACACUACAGUUAGAGAGAAUAUCUUGUUUGGUGAACCAUAUGACCCGGAUAGGUAUCAUGCAGUGGUAGAAUCCUGUGCUUUACUACAAGAUUUUUCUGAUUUUGUUGACGGGGAUCAAACAGAGAUAGGAGAAAGAGGUAUCAAUCUCAGUGGAGGACAAAAACAAAGGAUCAGUCUGGCACGAGCUGUCUACAGUAAUAAAGAUAUUUACUUAUUGGACGACCCUCUCUCAGCAGUUGAUAUACACAUAGGAAGACAUAUAUUCUCAGAAUGUAUCAUGAAACAAUUGAAAGGAAAAACAGUGCUCUUUGUAACUCAUCAACUUCAGUAUUUAAGUAACUGUGACCAGGUGAUAUUCAUGAGAGACGGUGCGAUUACAGACACGGGUACACACAGCGAGAUGAUGAAAGCCGACACAGAAUACGCUAACCUAAUAAAGAUAUUUUACACACAGGAAAAAGAAAAAGAAGCUAGCAUAGACAGUUUAGGUGGUUCAAAAUCUUUGCACAGACAGUUCUCUGUAGAUAAAGCAGUAUAUUCCAGACAGAGAACUAUAUCUGCAUGUUCUCAGGAUGGUAAACAGGAUGUGAAGAAAGAUUUGCUGAAACAGAUGAGUGUAAUGUCAAAUAGGACAAUGAGUGUUGAUGAUGAAGCCAAACCUGAGGGUGGGAAGUUAAUAGUUGCGGAAGAGAAGAAAGAAGGAAAAGUUGGUUGGCCAGUGUAUCAGGUGUAUAUCAAAGCUGCAGGAGGUUACAUACUGUCUGUCCUCGUGUUGUUAUGUUUUGUUCUAGCCAUAGGCUCUCAGUCCUUCGCCGGCUGGUGGUUGUCAUUUUGGUUACAACAAGAAAGUGGGAAUCAAACUGUUACUGUGGAAAAUGCAACAUUUAUCAGUGACAGUAUCUCAGAUCAUCCUAACUUGAGCUUCUAUACAACAGUUUAUGGUACCAGUGUGGCAGUGAUGAUAUUCUUAACUGUACUCAGAGCUUUUGUUUUUAUGAAGGCUACACUGCGAGCAUCCAGCAACAUGCACAAUGACAUUUUUAGGAAGAUGAUGGCUUCCCCAAUGAAGUUUUUUGACACAACCCCAGUUGGAAGAAUUAUAAACAGAUUCUCCUCUGAUCUUGAUGAAAUUGAUGUGCGUUUACCGUACAUUAGUGAGAUGUUUCUACAGAACAUGUUGAUGAUCUUGUUUUCACUGGCAAUAAUUGCCUAUGUAUCUCAAUGGUUCCUGAUAGCCCUGGUUCCAAUGGUUGUGGGCUUUCUUAUCCUUAAUAUCAUCUUUACCUCAGGGGUAAGU